ACCAAAAUUAUUACAAAAUUAUUACAAGGUAUAUAUAAGGGCUUGGUGAGCCCAAAAAUACUCGAGCUCAGAGCAACUAGCGUCACUCUCCCGCCCCUCCGUGGUUGAACUUCAAAGCUGCUGCUCAUUUCCCGCCGCCAUGAAGCUCGUCAGGUUUUUGAUGAAAUUGAACAACGAAACCGUAUCAAUCGAGCUCAAGAACGGCACAAUUGUUCAUGGCACCAUUACAGGUGUUGAUAUUAGUAUGAACACACAUUUGAAAACAGUUAAACUAACACUGAAGGGGAAAAACCCAGUGACUCUGGAUCACCUCAGUGUGAGGGGUAACAACAUUCGCUAUUAUAUCCUUCCCGACAGCUUGAAUCUUGAGACUUUGCUGGUUGAAGAGGCACCUAGGGUCAAGCCUAAGAAGCCAACUGCUGGGAAGCCUUUGGGGCGUGGACGUGGUCGAGGGCGUGGACGCGGUCGUGGCCGUGGUCGUUAAAUUGCAAUUUUUGUGCCAUAUGGUUAUAUUGUAGGAAGUAUUUCUGAGUGGUCUUGUAGACGUUAAAAGCGUGCUCUUGCUGAUUAGUUAUGUUGGCUUUGGCCAAUUGUCAUAUUUUGAACAAGUACUUUCAAGUUCUUAUGUAUAAUUCUUUCCCUUUCAACUGAUA